AUGAAUUAUGAAAUGGAAUCUUAUCUACAACAACAUCAAUCUCAUAUCUAUCAGGUCCAUCCAUUGAUAAACAAAGUUUUUCAAGUACAGCAACAAUCAGAAUCAAAUUUUACUGGAAUAAAUAAUCGUAUAACUAUGUUUAAUAUAACUGAUCAACUAUCAACAGUUUCCAAUGCAAAUUAUCGAACAAUAUCAGAUCAUCAAAUACAACUUUCAUCAGAACAAUUAAGAGAAAAAUUACGAAAACAACUUGAAUAUUAUUUUUCUAGAGAAAAUAUGAUUCAUGAUAGUUAUUUACAAUCACAAAUGGAUGCUGAUAAUUAUGUACCAAUAUCUUUAAUUGCUAAUUUUAAACUUAUUAAAUGUCUUACACAUGAUUUACAAUUAAUUAUUGAUGUUCUUAAAGAAUCACCAUCAGUUGAAGUCGAUAUUGAAGAGAAAAAAGUUCGUUCAUCAGAUAAUCCAAUAUAUCUUCCAACACGAAAACGUUGUAUUAUUAUAUUACGUAAUGUACCAUUAGAUGCAACAGAAAAUGAAAUAUUAGAAUUAUUUUUACAUAAAUCUUGUUCAGUAUCAGCUAUUGCAUGUGAACGAGUAUUAGAAUCAAAUCAUUCAGAUUGUUGGUAUGUAACAUUUAAUAGUGAAGAUGAUGCACAAAAUGCAUUUUUAUAUCUAACAAGAGAAAGUAUUUCAAUACGUGGUCAAAAAAUUUUGGCACGAAUGAAAGCAUGUCUAUGGCAAAAACCUGUCGUACCAUCAAACGAUAGUAUAAAAGAUUCAUCUAUACCGAAAAAUUCUUCAGUACCUCCAAUACAAGAACAAACAACUCCUGUUUAUAUGCAAGCAAUACCAAUAAAUCCUACAAAUCAAUCAUCAUAUACUGGAAAUCUAUCACAACAAACAACAUUUAAACCUCGUCAUGUACAAGUAUUACAACAAUAUUUACCAGUGAAUUAUAAUUCUAAUAUAUCUCUAUAUCCACAUAAUGUACCAUCCACACUUUUAUUUACAACAAAUAUGCAAUCAUUAACUAUGAAUUAUCAUCCACAAACACAAUUUCUAAAUAGAAAUCAUUCUAUUUUUCCAAUUAAUUUUUGGUAUAUACCACCAACAACAGAUUCAUAUUCACCUAUGUCUUAUAAUAUUCAAUCUAAAACUCGAAUAACAACAGCAUCUAAACCACGUAAUACAACAAAAAUAAUUUCUGAUCAUGUAGAACUGUCAAACAUUAAUAAUCAUUCAAAUGAAUUACUGAAUUCAUAUCAAAACAAUACUUCACAUUUUGAAGAUACUAAUUCAUCAAUUUCUCAUAAUGAAACAUUUUCAUCCGAUAAAUCGACUAUGGAUGAUUAUCAAAAUUCAAACACUGAAUGUCGUUCAUCAACGGAAAUAUCUAAUGAUAAUAUAUGUAAAUUGAAACAAACCGAAAUAAAUGAUUCAUUAAUAUCUCGAUCUAUGGAACAAUUAACUACGACAAAUGAUUCUACUGCUCAACAUGAUUAA